GAAACAGAUUUUUUCGAUAUACUAAAAUCCUUUGUGACGCUUUUACUUUGAAAAGGUUAACCCGGAUAUAGCUAGCUACUCAACCGUGGUGUCGACAGUCGAAAGUCAAGGAAUUUUGGCUUUAGCCUCUCCGGUGCGGGAGACGGAGUAUCUUCAUUCAGAUCCGUUGGUUGCGAUUCUGUGUCAUUGUCCAGCGUCACGAUGCAACGAGAGAUCGCUCGCAUUUGCUUUUUGUGCUAAAUCCGGAGAAGCAGCUGUAAUACUGUCCAUCACUGACGCGGGCUGACAAGGUGUGAAGGAUUGCUGUCAUGACUGGAGCUGAGACUGAGGAUGAUAUUCCUUUAGGAGAAAGGAAAACUGUCACAGAUUUUUGCUAUCUCUUGGACAAAUCCAAACAACUUUUCAAUGGACUAAGAGACCUUCCUCAGUAUGGACACAAGCAGUGGCAGUCCUACUUUGGGCGGACUUUUGAUGUUUACACCAAGUUGUGGAAAUUUCAGCAACAGCACAGGCAGGUUCUGGACAGCCGCUAUGGCUUGAAGAGAUGGCAAAUUGGGGAAGUUGCAUCCAAAAUUGGGCAGCUGUACUACCACUAUUACCUGCGUACAUCAGAAACAAGUUACCUGAAUGAGGCAUUUUCUUUCUACUCAGCCAUCCGCCAGCGGUCCUACUACUAUCAGGUCAACAAAGAGGACAGGCCAGAAUUAGUUGUGAAGAAGCUUCGAUAUUAUGCCCGCUAUAUAGUUGUCUGUUUACUGCUCAACAAGAUGGACCUAGUCAAAGUUUUGGUAAAGGAGUUAUCUGAAGAAAUCGAAGAUUACACGCAACGAUUCAACACUGAGGAUCAGUUGGAAUGGAACUUGGUUUUGCAGGAAGUGGCAUCUUUUGUAGAGGCAGACCCAGUGGUACUACUGAAUGACAACAAUUCUGUCACUGUCAUCAGCUAUCGCCUCCAGGAAGGAAGUGUGCCUCCCUUGGAACAAGGCAUGGUGGUUGGGCAGCUCGUCCUUGCAGAUGCACUAAUCAUUGGCAACUCCAACAGCCAGGUUAAGUUCAGUGAAUUGACUAUUGACAUGUUCCGUAUGCUCCAAGCUUUGGAGAGGGAACCAGGGAACCUUGCUGUACAGACACCUAAACAAGGAAUUUUGGAACCCAAUGAGAAGCCGGCAAAAAGGGAAAACCCUCACAAGUAUCUCCUGUACAAGCCAACAUUCAGCCAGCUUUUUACUUUCUUGUCUGCCUCCUUUAAAGAAUUGCCAGCAAACAGUGUUCUGCUUGUCUACCUAUCAGCAACUGGAGUCUUCCCAGCUUUAAAUUCAGAAUAUGAAGGACCAUAUGAUUUCGGAGGGGUUCUCACAAAUUCAAAUCGCGAUAUUGUGAAUGGAGAGGUGAUUCAGAAGAGAAAUCAGUCCCAGAAAGACAUGCACUGCCUCCAUCCCGGUGACCUGCUCCCUUUUACUCGGAAGCCACUUUUUAUUAUAGUGGAUUCCACAAACAGCACAGCCUUUAAGAAUUUCACAAAUAUGUUUGGUCAGCCUUUGGUGUGCCUACUAUCUCCUAAAGUAUAUCCCAAGAGUAUACAAGAUCAGUCUCAGCGUGGGAGUCUCUUCACCCUUUUCCUCUACAGCCCACUCUUGGCUUUCUUCUCUGUGUGUGGCUUAAACAGCGUGAGACGAGGCCUUUGGGAGAGUGCUCAAGAAUUUCUUCACAAAGUCGACCAUGACAUCGGGCAAAUGAUAACACGAUCACAAACCAUAGAUCAAGCCUUUUUGCAAUUUUUUGGUGAUGAAUUCCUUCGACUGCUGCUGAUCCGUUUUGUGUUUUGUUCAGCUACACUGAGACUGCACAAAGUCUUUCGGGAUGCACAGAGCUUUCCUGAGUCAUACCCCGAGCUCCCGAAACAGGACACGGUGGAGAGCGGUGUUCUGCAAAAACAUAUUUUGAAGAUGGCAGCCAUGCUGGAUGUACAGAGCCUCUUUUGGGAUCAUUCAGUGGAAGUCUACUAAAGUCUUUAACCAGGAUCAAACUCCAAAAAACCUACACAUUUACACAUCCAGCAUUUGUAGCAUUUUUUGUUAUUUAUUCAUAGCUUAACAGCUAAUUCUGCUAUACUUUUCUUCAUAUCCUGCAUUUUAUUGUUUCUCUCUAAAAUGCAAAAUGAAAGCCACAAGAGAACUUAAAUUAAUCAUGUACAUAAAACCCAUUUCAACCUACAACCCAUUCCAAAUGUAGGAUUAAACUUAAGACUUAAGCAUUGAAGUACCGUAUGUACUGUAUAUGACGUAAACACAUCAACUUUGUUCUCAAGCAGAAAAGCAUCCUCGCAUACACGAGCAGCAUAAUUGCUCAUUCUACUUAUUUUAAGAGAUUAGUAGUUUUGUUUAGGCUUAAAAUUGUCUCACUUUCGGUCUUACAUACGUCCAGAAUUGCACCAAAUUACUCUUAAAGGGACUGUAUGCAACUCGCUCCAAAUUACAUUUUUUGGAUCCAGAAGCCAAGAAAUGUAAGAACACCACUCCGGUGUUAAAACCCUUGUUACCAGGUGGUGCUAGACCCUCACUCCCUCGUGUAUGGAGCAGGCGCACCUACCUUCCUGACUUCUCCGCUUAAAGGGUCAAAGCCUCCCGUGUUAAAAAGGAGACAUCUAAGUCAGGUGCGAAGGAAAUUCACCCAGGUUUUCACAGCUUGUGUAGAGGCGGCCCCGCUACAUCCAGACUAAGCCCAAUAGAGUAACCAAAUUUGUAUUGCACUCAGCGCUCAACCUCUACUUUAUGGCUGCUUUCCUUCAUUAAUGGUUUGUUGCACUUGGAAUAGACCUGGGAAAUUUUGGUAAUCUGUUAGCGAUCAGAAGGACCUGUUUAUGUAAAAUAAUAACCGCAACAAACUUGCAUGUCACCAAUAAUUGUUCAAACAAAAAAAAAAUCUAUAUUUUUCGUGGCGCGUGCACAAACGCAGUCUCAGAGAAGCGACCAACAAGUUGGAGUCAUUUUGUGGUUAUGAUAGGGAAAACAUUCAAUGACGGCUAACGUUAGUCGCUAAACUUUGUCAAAUUGCUAUCAUUGGCUGACCACCAACAUAACUAGUGUGUGUGUGUUACAUCAGCGUAGCUUAUGUACACAAAGCAGCAGGAGGAGGUGGAAUAAAACGCUUGCAGUACGUCCUCUAGGCCAGGGGUUCCCAACUUGGACAAAUUAGAAGUUUUUUGAAAAAAGACACGUUUUUAAAAGUAGUUUUGUAAAUAACUACAUUGAAUUUUAUGUAAAUGUAUAUACAUUUUGGAAAUAAGAGCUAUUAUUUUAUUAGAAUAUAAAAUAGAAUACUGUUAGAAAGCCCAUAGUUUUUGCACGCUUAUGUUGUUUGAUUAUGUCAUUUACGUUUAAUCCCGCUUUGUUCGGGGGUGUGCUCCGAGAUGCUGCCACAAAUACAUUUAUAUUUUCCCCCUUCUUUCAUCUCAUUGUCGUUCCCAAAUGCUGAUGCCGUGUGUGAAUGUAUAAAGGUGAGCUUUAAUGAUGCUUUAUUGUCUGUGUGGAGCACUAGUGUUCGUAUUUAUUCGGUGUCAAAUCAGAGGCUUCUUUCGGGGACCAAAAAAGGUUGGGGACCACUGCUCUAGGCGACUAGAGGAACCCGCUGCAUACAGUCCCUUUUUUAAAGUGCUCAUGACACCAAAACGUGAGUUUUCUAAAUUACCGCCGUAUUUGGCUGCCGAGGACUCUUCCCGGCAAGCAGACUCAUCAAAACACAGCAAAGCAAAUAAAGAGAAAUAUCCACAACAAUAACACAAACAUAACAUUGACUGAUAUUGUUUUGUGAUGAGUAUGAUAGAAUACGCAUUCAAUCCCAGACGUUCCUUUAUCUGAGGCACAGUGUCAAAACAACUGUCCUCCAAAUGUGUCCCAACACAAUACCGAAAAAUGUGACGCAGCGAACGGCGUCUUUUGGAAAUGUGAACAAGCUUACUCCUUGUGCCACACAACAAGUGGGCAUAAUAUCGAAAAAUAUAUUUAACAGAAAAUCAACAAAAAAUGCACCACAACAAUAUGAAACCAAUGCAUUCCAUGUGCAGUUCCGGGAGGGCGGGUUCUCGAGGUAGUGUCACAUCCUCUGUCUUCUCUGAGACUGAUUUCAGUGGCAAAAAAUGUAAAAAAAAAAAACAAAAACAAAGGGUAAAUACAUUCCAGCACACAACUAACAGGACAAAUAACAAGAUUAUAACAUGUGUUGGUGUCAUGAGCACUUUUAAGUCUGUAAUAACCAAUGCUCUUUAUCACCAACUACUAUUAUAGUCUAAAUAAAGACAAGCAAUUCUGGAGCGAGGCAUUCUCUAAUAGUGCUAACACAAACUGUUAAAUUAAGUCCUAAAUUUGUUCAAAUGCACUAAUGCAAGAACUAAAACUGGCACCCGGCUAGAAUCUAGAGUAGUGAAUAGAUAUAAAUGAUAGCAUAUUUGAAAUGUUUAUACUAUUUAUUAAAACUGCAGUAUGUGUGCAUAUGAUGUAUAGAAAUGUUUCUCGUGAUAGUUUCCAAGUCAUGUUUUCCACUUGCGCAAAUGCUGAAUGGAGGAAACUGGACUGUUUGUUGAAGGUAUUCAUUCACCUUCAGUCCAAAAGGCUUCUUCAGGUGUGGAGUUGCCCUAUCUCAGGUGGGUGUGUUCCCUGGGGGUUGUUGUCGGACAUGGCUGGCAAACAACCGCCCUGGCUAACAGGUCGUUCACCUGCUUGGUGGCAAAACCGUGACCACUCUUCCUGUGGAAUGAGGCAAUCUUUGGGGGAGAGCUGUUAAGAUGGCACACAACUCCGCUUUGGUAUGAGAGAGGUGUGAAAGAAGUUCUUACCAAGGAGGUUUGCACCAUCACCGAGCAGGGGUGUCCAAACUUUUUCCACCGAUGGCCACAUACUGAAAAUGAAAGGAUGAGAAAGGGCCACUUUAAUGUUUUCAAAAGAUACAGUAGGCUAAGAAGUGGUACACGGGUAUAUUUCAAGAAAAACUGCACCGCAGCUUUGUGAUAUACAGGAGGUGAAAAAGUACUAUUAGUAUGAGCAUAGGUCUCUUCACCCCCCGUGUUUGCUGUUUUUUUUUCUUUUUCAAAAUAUUUGCUUAAAUAAUCUUGAUAAAUUUUCUUCUGGUAAUAUUAUGGCUUUACUCACGUAUUAUUUUGACAUGAUCCCCAUAAUAUUAUCACUUUCUCCAACCUAAUUUUCCAGAAAUUUGUUUUGUUUCUCAUAAUAUUAUGACUAUUUCUCAUAUUAUGGCUUUAAAAAAAGAAUAUAUUUUUUCUUUAAUACUGUAUUUCAACUCUGUUACUAAGAUAACAUUUUUUUCUGGUAGGCCACAACUUUUAACUUUUUAAUAUUUUGACUUUAUUUUCAUAAAAGUACAACUGUUUUUCAUUUCUGCUGUCUUUUUUUUAAAUUUACUAACUAUUUAAACUUUCUGCAUGUUUUCUUCUUUUAAUUAUGGCUUUAUUCCCAUAAUAUUUUCACUUUUUUCUGGUAACAUACCUUUUUCCGCUAAUUAUAUCUUUUUUUCUGUUAAUAUUUUUGGCUUUUUUCGUGUGAAAUUACUGCUGAUCUUCAAUUUUUGCUCUUUUUAAAAAAAAAAAAAAAAAUGUUUUUUUGUUACAUUUUUACAAUGUGCUGCAGGCCACAUAUGGACCCCGGCCCGCACUUUGCACACCCUGACUUACAACAAUGUCCUAACAUCUCUCCCCCAAAGAUUGUAUCAUUCCAACAGAAGCGUGGACCCUAACGAGCUGUUUUGCCGCCAGACAGACAAACACGCAGUUGUUAUGCAGGACGGUUGUUCACCAGCCACGCUGGCCCACAGUAAUAACAACCCUCUUGUGACCACCCCCAGGGAAGGCACCCACCAGCGACAUACAUAAGUAGACUCCACACCUAAAAUUUUAGAACUGAGGACGCUUUUAGCACAGAAGGUGAAACGUCUUUAACAAACAAGAAGAGUCAAUUUGCCUCCCGUCAACCUUUCUAUGAAGACAUUUCCACUUCCUUUCCAACUUUAAAUGACGUAGUUUUUAGAAUGAUAACCUUUGUGAACAAUCUUUAAUUUAUUUCAGGAGGUGGCUCGCCAACUUUUGUAUUUUUAUGUAUAAUGUAUUUGAUAUUGUCGGCAGCAUUUCAGAACCUUUUCCAGCAUGUGCUAAAUACAAAUUAAUGUACUGGCGUGAAUAGAAGACAACCCUGGAUAUAAGACCACCCCUCUUUUUCAAUACCUGUAUAUGGAGAAGUCAUUUUUAAGACACAAUGAAUCAUUUAAAAAAUAAUAUCUGUAAAAGUCAUACAUCGUAUGUUAUGAAUCAUACUCGACAGUUGUUGAUUGAUCACCGUUAUCUUAAAAUUAGCAUCAUAACUCCUCCCCUCUGGUGCAUUUGCUCUGCUAAUGCGGUGCGGACGCGGUUGCGGUUCACUUUCACCAGAGACACACCGCAAAGAGCACGCGGAAAUGACACUUGUGUACGAGAAAAUGUGUGUGGCAGAGUAAUCCAUGGGUGUGUGCACGUGUACACCUCUAGACCUCCAAUAUAAGCUGACGCAUUGUUUUCUAGGGGGGAAAAAAUACUCUUCUUAUAUUCGGGGCAAUGCGGUACUACGGUUAGGUUUUCACUUUUAUAUAGAUGAGAAGAAUAUGAUACAUUCCUGUGCACCAAUACUUGUUCAUUCUUGUUUUUUUUUUUUACUUUUUGGGCAGGUCCCUUCACGAGUGACUGCACAGCAAGCAGCCAUUUUUGACAUUUUAUGUUCUGUGUUUACCACAGUGAAAUCAAAGCACAAUGAAAAUGAAUUGUAGGAUCAUACAAGUCUGUUAAGUUUAAGAACAAUCAUUUUUGUAAGUUUAGAAACAUGUGAAUAUAUCGUGUUUUCUCGAGUAAUACUUUCUGGGAUUAAUGUUAAUAACUUGGACCAUGAGCAUGAACAUCUCACUUGUAACAUGAUUAAAACAAAAGAAUCUAAAUUGACCUUUAUGGUCAAAGUAAUACUGUUUUUACCAAACCACCUACUUUUAUUUGUGUGUUAUUGUAUGUUAUUGUUGCAGUGCUUCGCAAUUUGUGUUGUCUUAGUAAAACGCACAGGGUGUCCACAAAGUCUCUUUACAAUUUCAAACAUGUUACAAACAGUGUUGGGCAAAUUACUUUUAAACGUAAGUACAGUAAUCCCUUGCCAAUUCGCACUUUGAAUUUAGCAUUUUCACUCUUUUUUUUCAAAAAUAUAUGAAUAAAUCAUGCUGUUUCAUGGCUGAACCCAGCUUUAAUAGUAAAAAAUAUGCGGAUUUCAGCACAGUUUUACAUAUUUUUUGCCUCAAUUAAACAUUUUAAGCAUAAAAUGUCCAAAAAUACAAAUAUAAGGCAUCCCAAAGACGCAUUUAAAGACUUUGCGAUCAUAUGUAGUAUUCUACACUGGUCACUAGGUGUCAGUAAUGUUACAUUGAUGAAAUCAUAGCCACCACAGGAAGUACAAAAUGAACAACAAGGAACUCUUCCAACGCUAACAUGUCUGAGUCAUGUCUUAUGUCUUAUUUUCUAAUAUGAUGUCUACUAUGUUGGGUAAUAUGCGUGUAAGGGUGACUAUGGGGUGCCAUUUGAUGUCUAGAGGGCUCUAAUGUUAAAAACGGCAUUUAGAAGGUCAGAAACGGGUUUUCUAUGAUGUAACUACAAAAAUAUUUGAUUUAUAAAUAAGGAAUUGUACUUCGUGGAAAUUCACUUAUCAUGGUCGGGUCUGGAACCAAUUACUGUUAUUACUGGUUAUUUUCUAGUAAUUGGCGUUAUUUUCCCAAAAAAGUACUUGAAUUAGAACAGAAUUACGCCUUCAAUUAGUUACCAUUGCAUUACUUGUUUUUUAAAAGCCUUCAAAUAUGUAAAAGAAUUGGGAUUUACCUUUGUAGUGGCGCGUGUUGUUGACAGAUGUGCACGGCACGGCAUAGCUCGUAGCUUGCAAUUCUCUACCAAGAAACUAGGGGGCGGUGUUUUCCGGAGUAUAAGUCACAUAGUCUAGUUUGGCUGGAUCUGCAACUUACAGUCAGGUGCAAUUUUAUAUAUAUAUAUAUAUAUAUAUAUAUAUAUACACAAAAUAAAAUAAAAUCUCCAGUGUAUAAUUUCACUUAAUGUGCUGCCUUUAAAAUAAAGUGAGGUGGUGGCUGGAAUUUUGGCAACGCCGCAAUAAUUCAUCGCGUUGUGCUUGUUGACAAACAGUUAGGCACACAAAUGGAAUGAUGCAGAGCAUUCCGGACGCUUAUUGUUACAAAAUACUUUCUAAUACGCUUCUGCCUUGGAGACUAUGGCUUUAAGUAAUGUGCAGCUAUAAUGAUAUGAUACCUGUAUGGAUUGAGAAAUGUGGUAUUUUAGACGGCGGUGUUUAAUUACGACGCUGAUUAUGUCUAUCUUGAAGAUCGUAGCUGUUGCGUCAGCCACUGACUAACUAAAUGCACACAUAUGAUUUUCAUUCAUUUGUGAAAGGUUUUGGUGUUAAAAUACGGCUGUUUGACAUGUUUCUCCACACCGGGCGUCAUGUCACGUAUUAUAAGCGUCCUCCAGAACAUGCUGACAUUUAUUAAACAGGUAAGGUUUUAUUGUAUCUAUAUAAGUUUAAAAAAAUGGACUUAUUUCAGCUUCUGUAGCUUUAGUUUGUCUCCUUGUUGGUGUCAUCAUUGCCCCGUCCCUCGGGCUUUUUCUUCUCCUCUUUUGAAUUUAAUGUCGUUAGGAGCGGCGCCAUGACAAUUUUUCGUCUUUAUGAUGCAUUUUUUUGACUGAUGAGGCUUAUAGUCCGGAACAUAUGGCAGUUCACCAGAUAUCACUCCCUAUGCUUCUUUCUAUGGAGUUACGUUGACGACAUACAAGUACGUUACAUCGAACAAAGAUGGAUAGGUACUUAAUCUCUGAGAGAAAUCUACACGGGUCAUCGACACCCUGAAGCAAAAGAUCACUGAUGCCAUUGCCAUCGUUGAUCAGCGAAUAUGGCAAGAAAUUGAGUACUGCCUUGAUGUGCUUUGUGCAACUCAUGGUGCCCAUCUGGAGGGGUCUUAAAUGAGGCAAAAAACGUCAAUAUCGACUCCUCAUUUUGUAAUAAUUCCCACUUAUGUGUGUAUUCAUUUGCUGUUGUAAUAAAUGUGCUCAAUUGUAAAGAGACUUUAUGAACGCCCUGUGUUACAGUAUGCAUAGACGCUGGCACAGUUAAGCAGAUAGAGCUCCCACAAACCCUUGCAUCAAAUGCUUGUACUCAUGGGCUUCUAUGUGCCCACUCGGUUGUUUUUUGUUUUUUUUUUUGUCAAAAGAUGGAAACUAAACCCACAAUAUUCUUCUUCUUGUACCUUUUUAGCUCACAAAUAACAGGUUGGGAGAUUCUGUACUUUAUUCUAUGAAAAUGUUCAAUAUAUGUUGCAGUGUACAAUGAAGAAGAAAGUCUGUUUGCUUUUGUGAAAUGAACAAUUGCAAACAUAUGAAGGAUGACCUGAGUGCAAACCUUAACAUCAUCAGUAUGAGAAUUCAUCAGGAAAUAUGUCCUGUGUUUGUUUGGUUUUUUUACAGCAACGCAAGCCCAAAUGGCCUCUGGGUAUUGGGCCUACACGUCAUACACUAUUUGUCUAUGCCUCCGUGGAAAACAUUUCAAAUGUUUUAUCUAGUUCUCCUUUUUUCCAGUCCACUUAUCCUGUGGCCAUUUUUUUGCCUUUUUCCCUUUCGGUGGUCCGUACGUGUGAUUUACAUAUGAUGAUGUCAAGUGUAUUCUGAAGACUUAAGUUAAGAAAAUAAUGCAUCGAUGUUAAUGUCUACAAGUAGCAUGUUUGUUUAGAGUAUUAAGUGCCAAAGACUGACUUUGUUUCUGUGUUGCCAAAAGCAAACCAAUAAAAUAUAAAAAGGGAUUUCCUUAUUUGUGGGACCGACCCCUGCUUCUUCGGUAAGGA